GUACAAAGACAUCCCUCGGUGAAGAAGAUGAGCAUCUGCGUCAUUGUCUCCCUGCUGCUUGUCGUUUCCCCUGUCUGUGGAAAGCAGUCUGGCUUCACACUUUUUAACCUCAAACAAUAUACAAAAGAAAUGACCUGGAAGGAAGCACAGAAAUUCUGCAGGGACAAACACAUUGAUCUGGCCACAGUCACAAGUGACAAAGUCUUCCUUGGUUUGUCGGGCUGGAUCGGAUUAUAUAAAGAAAAUGAGAAUGGUACCUGGAAAUGGUCAGAAGGAAACAAAACAUCAAACUACACCAACUGGUCAGCUACUGAACCAAAUUACCUUGACAAAGAAGACUGUGUUUACAUGGAUAAAAAAUCAAAAAUGUUUAAUGAGCCCUGCCGCAGGAGACAUGAGCUAAUUUGUUCUGAUGAGAAACUGGAUCUGGUGUGGACAGGCCUGCGUUUCCUGGGUGAUGAGUGGUUCUGGGUGGGUGGAGAACAGUUGCAGUACCAGAACAUUCCAAGCUGUCCGACUUUUAGGUGUGGCGUCCUGGAGAAGAGCAGCAACAAAUCCUUUGGGAUCAAAGACUGCAAUGAGAGAAACAACUUUUUCUGUUACAAAAGACCUGAAAGCAGAGAU